AUGCGCAGCCUCACUCUGGUCACGGGGAAUCGACACAAGAUUGCGGAGUUAAAUGCCAUUCUCGAGGGAACGGUCAUCCUCCGCCCAGUCAACCUGGAUCUGCCGGAGAUCCAAGGUACGGUGGAGGAGAUCACCCGCGCCAAAUGCCGUCUGGCCGCCGACAAGAUCGCUGGCCCCGUGGUAGUGGAGGACUCUGCGCUGGAGAUGCAUGCUCUGAACGGACUCCCAGGCCCUUAUGUCAAAGCGUUCGUAGACACUGUGGGCAAUGACGGGCUCUGCCAAAUGAUUGGUGCGUUCGAAGACAAGACCGCAGAGGCUGUGUGCACGAUAGGCUAUUCGCCUGGACCCGGGGCUGAACCCAUCCUCUUCCAGGGGAGGCUGAGGGGUCUAAUUGUCCCCGCACGAGGGAUCUCCUCAUUUGGGUGGGAGCCGAUUUUCGAACAUGACGGAGAGACCUUGGCCGAAAUGGAUGUGCAUAAAAAGAAUGGAUUAUCGCAUCGCUUUCACGCGGCACACAAGUUGAGGGAGUGGUUAAGAGUGAAUAUGAGUGGAUAA